UUUUCAUCGUCAUAGGCCUAGAUAUCUAGAUCUAGAUCUAGACUAUAUUAUAAGAUCUAAUUCAACAAGUUCAAGAUGGUGAACCUUGGAGACGUUUUCCCUAACUUCACCGCAAAUACCUCAAAGGGCGAAAUUAAAUUUCACGAUUGGCUCGGCGGCUCCUGGGCCAUCCUGUUCUCCCACCCGGCUGACUACACCCCGGUCUGCACCACAGAGUUGGCCCGCGUGGUCACACUGGCUCCGGAGUUUGAGAAGCGCGGUGUCAAGCUGAUUGCCCUGUCUUGUGACGGUGUCGAUAGCCACGUUGGAUGGGGAAAGGAUGUGAUGACCUUUGCCGGAGGCAAACAGGAUGAUCUUCCCUACCCGAUCAUUGCUGACGAGGAACGUAAGUUGGCUGUGGAACUUGGCAUGAUAGACCCUGACGAGCGCACCAAAGAAGGCCUGCCACUGACCGCCCGUGCUGUUUUCAUCAUCGGUCCAGACAAAAAGCUCAAGCUAUCCCUCCUCUACCCGGCCACAACCGGACGUAAUUUCAACGAGAUUCUGCGUGUGGUCGACUCUCUCCAGCUGACAGCCACCCAGAAAGUGGCCACACCGGUGGACUGGGAGAAGGGCCAGAAGUGCAUGGUGCUCCCUACAAUCCCCAUGGAAGAAGCUCGGAAGCUCUUCCCUAACAUGGAGGUGCGAGACGUGCCAUCGGGCAAAGGCUACCUUCGCUUCACACCAAUGUCAUGAGCAGAGCUGUGGCGUCCCGUUUGUCUGUACACGGAGCCAAGCAAUGACUUUGUUGUGAAUGUUUUGCUGUUACCUUGUUGAUUGUUGCUGUUGAGCCAUGCUUUCCCUGAUACUUUUUUUCCUAAGACGCGCUCUACGCAUUGUUCCAAUACGCCCUGUUCUUAUGGUUGCACACUUUUGCAGUUUGUUUUGA